AAAUUCUACAGAAAACCAAGCCCAUCAACAGAUCAUCAACAACAGCCAGAAAAAGAUCGCCUUUCCUUUAAUUAACCCAUUUUCCUUUUUCUUUCUUUCCCUCUUUCUUCUCUCUCUCCCUUCUCAAUUGUUGCCUAGUGGGGUUUCUUUUCCCAGAUUUCGAUCACUGAUCGACCUUAUACAGAGUAACACAGAAACUUCUCUUUCUACGCUUUGCUUUUUCUUUGUCCUUUUUUCUUAUCAGGACCUGCAAAUCCUUCACUAGACAGCAAGAACUCCAAUCUUCCCCAUACCUUCCUCUCUAUCUCUCUCCCUGUCUCUCUGUAUGUGAAACUUGAUGAAUAAUGACAUCUGGGUCCUGUAGAUCAUACCCAGAUCUCGUUCAAAAAGCUUUGAAUAUUUGCUAAACUGAAGGAAAGAGAAAGAGAUGAGAAGGGGAUUUAUCCGCGUACACGGGAAUUGCUGUCAAUUAGAUAGAGAAAGCAUGCAGGUUCUUGACUGCGGAGAGGAUAAGAAGGCUAUAUGGUUAAUUAGAGCCUUUAGGAUUGGUUUAAUUGCAAAUUGGUUCCUACACUUCAUUUGAUAGCAUGUUCCACAUUGGGUCAUUUAUCAUGUGUCUUCUGCUCUGAGAUUAUUGUGGCCGGUUUCGGGGUCUCCAGUUCAGUUGGGAAUAAAGAUUAUUGUUUGUCUUUUAAGACAUGAUCAAACAGAUUCUUAAUAGGCUCCCUAGGAAGCCAUCCAAGUCAGCAGAAAAUCGUGAUGGGGCAUGGUCAACCAACUCUUCAGAUUCUUCUGGUGUUUUACGAAGCGGUGAUUUAGCAAGUAGUCGGUCGGGAAAUAAUAAUACUACAUCUCUUCCGGGUCUUAAUUCGAAUUCGAAUUCCGGAAUAAGUCAUGGUAAGAAGAACCCCCCAUCUUUAAAUUCGAAGCUGAAUGGAAAUGCAACAGUGUCCUCUUAUGAAGCAUUGCCUAGUUUUAGAGAUAUUCCGAACUCUGAGAAGCAGAACUUGUUUGUCAAAAAGCUGAACUUGUGCUGUGUUGUGUUUGACUUCACUGAUCCAACAAAGAAUUUGAAAGAGAAGGACAUCAAGCGACAGACAUUGGUGGAGCUCGUCGAUUUCGUUACUUCCGCAAAUGGAAAAUUUGCUGAAAGUGUAAUGCAAGAAAUGAUAAAGAUGGUGUCCAUAAACUUGUUCAGGACACUCACUCCUCAACCUCGUGAGAACAAAGCUGUAGCAGGUUUUGAUUUGGAAGAGGAGGAACCGGUGAUGGACCCCGCAUGGCCUCACUUGCAAAUUGUGUAUGAGUUCUUUCUGAGAUUUGUGGCAUCACCUGAGAUGGAUGCAAAGUUGGCUAAGCGAUAUGUUGAUCACUCUUUCGUCUUAAGGUUGUUAGAUCUGUUUGAUUCGGAGGAUCCAAGAGAAAGGGAAUACUUGAAAACUGUUCUACACCGCAUCUACGGGAAGUUUAUGGUGCACCGCCCAUUUAUUAGGAAAGUCAUAAACAACAUUUUCUAUCGGUUUAUUUUCGAAACCGAGAAGCAUAAUGGUAUUGCAGAGCUCUUAGAAAUAUUGGGCAGUAUAAUUAACGGGUUUGCAUUGCCACUGAAAGAAGAGCAUAAACUCUUUCUUGUUCGGGCAUUGAUUCCGCUUCACAAACCAAAAUGCAUACCAAUGUACCAUCAGCAGUUAUCUUACUGCAUUACACAGUUUGUGGAGAAAGACUGCAAGCUUGCUGACACUGUUAUAAGGGGCUUAUUGAGGUAUUGGCCCAUCACAAAUAGUUCCAAGGAGGUCAUGUUCUUGGGUGAGCUGGAGGAGGUUUUAGAAGCAACGCAACCUCCCGAGUUCCAGCGCUGUAUGGUACCUUUGUUUCGCCAGAUUGCUCGUUGCUUGAGCAGUUCACACUUUCAGGUGGCAGAGAGGGCUCUGUUCUUAUGGAACAAUGAUCACAUUGAAAACUUAAUCAAGCAAAACUGCAAGGUUAUUUUGCCAAUUAUUUUCCCCUUCUUGGAAAAGAAUUCCACAAGCCACUGGAACCAGGCAGUACAGAGCUUGACACUAAACGUCCGCAAGAUUUUCUCUGAUACCGAUCCGGAACUCUUUGAGGAGUGCUUGCUCAAGUUUAAGGAAGAUGAAGCGCAAGAGGAAGAGAUUAAGGUGAAACGAGAAGCCACGUGGAAACGCUUAGAGGAGAUCGCCACGAUGAAAGCUACGAGUAAUGAAGCAGUGAUUGUGCCACGGAGGAUAACCCCUCACACGAAAUCUGGCUAGAGAGAUUAGUUUUAGUUUCUUGUUGGUAGUUCCAAGGGUCGUCUGAGUUUUGGGUCUGGUUGCGAACACGUCUGUGCAGGGUACGAAUGGGCCCCUUUUUCCCGAUGCACGCGCAAGGAUUGUAUAUAUUGGCCCGGACUAACAAAGGAAAUGGGGUUUUCAUGGUGAUGCUUCUGCACAAUAAUAUCAGGAGGAUAUUUGGCUAGUGGAGUUUGGGCUUUUUGUUGGUUGGUAGUGUUUAAAGGGGUGACACUAUUAGAGCUUCAUAUUGCAGGUAUCUGAUUACAUAUUUUGAAUUGGGUUUUCAAUUAAUGUACACUUUUAUUCUUCAGUUAUAUAUAUGUGUAUGUAUCACUGUACUUCGGUGCUUCAGUGAAUGGUGUUUUCUUUUGCAUGCA